UUACUGGUUUAAUCUUAGCUGGUUCUGCUGAUUUCAAGAGUGAACUUAGCCAAUCAGAUACGUUUGACCAGGUCAGUUUUGAAUAUGUCAUAAGUAUUAUAGAUAGAAUCGCAUAAUUGAGUAAAAUCUCGCAUUCUGAUUGGUUAACGAUGCGAGGUAUUUAGUGUGGAAUUGUGAGUUGAAAACGAGGCUAAGCAAUAUUGUUUCGCAUCUACGUAACAACUAUCGUCAAAUUCUAACACAACAACUGCAAAAAAGGUCUUCUACAAUGUCAUUUUAAAAUGUUUUCAAAACCAUUGUCACCUUUUGAAGAGUUAAAAACAAACAAAAGCGUUUUUUAUAGUGAGCCGGAGGUUCUUCCUUGUUUUGAACUGAACUACAAAUUCUCGAAGAGGCAUAAAAAACCUCUUUCGCAUGCGACAACGAGAAAACAAGAAAAUCUUGUGAACACGGCCCAGAAAAUGGCAAGCCAAAGUUUAACCAAACAAAACGGAAAAGCGACAAUCGAUUGUCACAUAUACAGGAGAAGAAAUACGUGUAAAUACCUUCAAAGACGACAUGGCCCCUCAGUGAAAACACGAAAAAGAGUACGCCUCUUGCAAUCGUCCUGAAUCGUGAUACUUAGAAAAGUACAAAACAGAGCUGAACUUGAACAGCAUUUCUAAAACAUUUCAAGGUACUUACCAUAUAUCAAUCGCGACGUUAAACUUUCAGUGCUUUCGCUUGGACACUUCAUUUCUUUCAGUUUUGCCGCUGAAGAGGUAAAAGGUGUAAAUUAUUUUCCUUCUCGAGCAAAUGACCAAUUUGAAAAAAGAUGUUAUAGAUAAACGGCUUGUAAAUUCAGUGAAAUACUUCUAUUUAUCCUCACGAUUAGUGUGAAGCUUGUUUACAUGUAAAAAAGUUUGAAAACAAAUGUAAAAACAAGCACAAGGUACAAAAAAAGUUGUCGAAGGGUCAAACGUGUACGACUGACCUUGCUUCCUAUUCGCCAACGCAAUGACAGUUCUGACAGUUGACUUAGCGAUUCGUGCGAUAUCGGUUUUCAAGUGCAGUUUAACGUGGAAUUCCCUCGUCAGGUAAUGAAUUUUCCUAUAGAAUUAUUUUUAGAAUUAUUGUGUGUGGCUGUUUUAGAAAUGCAUUUUUAACUUAAUUUACAGUCCUUGGACCCCAAGUCCUUGGUUCGUGUUGUCUAAGCAAAAGGUAAACCAGAAAGGAAUAUCUCUUAAUAGGUUUAAGGUGAUAUAUUGCCUAAUUUCAUACCGCGCGGGAGCCUGGCACUACCGGAUUUUCCCGGACUUUUUAAAUUCCGGAUUCAAAAUGGCUUCCAACACAGAGGGUAAAGCAGAGGUCAUUGCGUGCAGUUGAAACGAUAUUAAGGGCCAGAUUGCUCCAGAAAGUUAAUAUUUUACAGCAAAGAACAGUUGUUUUACUGCUAUGAAGAACUUUGAUUAAAACCUUGAGAAAAGAAAGAUCAAAUCGGAGACUUUCGCUACUUGGAAGUAUUGGAAGGAUUCCCGAAUUGUUCGACAAAUAUUUGAACAAAGAACCGUCGCAUUUAGCUUUUUUUACGGCGCUGGAUCCAACCGAAUAUUGGGGAAUGAUAAGAGAGUGGGUGUACCUGUCUUUACAAACCAUAAAAUAAAGACUACCAAUAAAGCGAAACACAACAGAGUGACCCUGAGUGAAAGGGCAACAUCGUAUUAGGUCGGCAAGGCUUACAUUAUGUUUUCUCUCCGUCGCUGCGUACGGUCUCAGCAAAAAAUCCUAAAGAUCGGACCAGAGACAAUUCUCACUGAACACAGAUAAAAGCAAGUACACUUCAGUCUUAAAAGAGAGGCAUUUCUCGUCCGGUAACACUGAAGUUCCUGUGACCAGACCUCGUGCAUUGAGCAAUGUUAUAAUAAAGAAGUAAUUUUUCUUGGGGGGAUAAAUUGUAUAUAGUAUAUAGUUAUUUUUUGACUGAGGCCCUGCACUGAGUAUGGACUAGUCCCUUAUUCUCCUGCGUGUGAUUUAAGAACACUAGGUUCAACAUACAUAACGCCACAAAGUUCACUACACUCAGUACCUUUCACGGACAUUUCAAUCUCUUUUCCUCGACGGGAAUAAUCCAGGUAAGCCUUCUGUACUGCCCUUUUAAGAGCGGCCGUCCGAAAAUAUCGCCUGGGGGUGUGCAAAAUGAAAAAAUCGAAAAUCCCCAAACUUUGUCAGAAUAUAGGUCUAGGUAAACUAUUUCUAGAAUAAUAACUUUUAGUUCGAUUGGAUUUUUAUUUUACGCGUACGGCGACCGAGUCGGUUCGGAGGCUCUCAGAUCAGUUUUCACGGGCUCAAAACCAUAUAUUACUUAAAAAUCGUUUAAAAAUUAAAGAAGUAAAAACCUCUGCCUCUCAAAAUCUUAAUAGAAAGAACACAACCUAACCAAUAGUUUCGUUGUGAAAUUUUCCUAUUCGACAGCAAAUCUAAUAUUUUUCGGAAUUUUAGUAAUUUUACUUAUUUUACCGAUAUUUGACAGACAUAAAAUUGGCAAAUUUCAGACACAAAAAUCACUACUUGGUAUACGGCUUUGAGCCAUAACUUUCCUACCAAUAAAAAGAGCAAGGUGUCUUCCUCAAAUAACUGCUAUAUAAUUUUUGGGCAAUCUUGCAGAGAAAAUUUUUGAACGCCAAACAAAUGCGACCCUUGAGGUCAAAACACGCCAUUUUGUCACGACAUUCGAAGGCGGUUAAAUCAAUAAAAAUGCUCUAUUGGCCAGAUUCCUCAAAAAGCUCUAUGCUAUUGAGCAAUAUUGAUUAGACGCGACUUAUUUGCACUUCUUUUGCCUAAUUAUGUCACUUACAAUGCGCCCGUUGGAAGUCGAAAGCCUAAUUUUAACCGGCGGUCAAUGUUUGACAGCGUUCAAAACCCCAGGUUCAAAACUUACUCUCAAUUGCAUUCAUGCACACAAAAGAACAGAUUUACCGACGCUGGCUCACAUAACGAUGUAUAAAGACUAAAUAUAAUACUUAUCUCUUAGGAAAUGAAGAUGUUUUGGAAAUAUAUAACCGGCUAUUGCGGUCCCUUCACAUCACUGAUUAGUGUCCCUGCUCGGAGCGGGAAGGAGAAUGCGUUACUCACUUUUGUCCUAGGGUAGGGUGAUGCUCCAGAGGGAGGGGGAGGGGAGUAUCAGUAGCUCUGUGUCUGAAAAGUUCUGGAGUAAGUAAGAUUUGUGCUGCAUAAUUCACUAAAUCCUUCCCAAAACUAAAAUCUAAAAGUAAAAAAGAUAUGUCUGUUGGCUGGUUGAAAGUACGACGAACUGAUUACGAAACCUUUGAGAAACAAAAAAUUAUGCCACAUGCGUUAUCUAUUAUUUUGGGAUAUCUGGUCUGCUGAUCCUGGCAUGCGCGCUUAUUUUAAGCUAAAAGAUCAUCAGAUUAUAGGAACACCCCAUGGAGCUACAAUCUUGGACAGAAUCAUGAAAAAUGAAGCAGCGUGCUCGAGGAGAAGCACACCCUUGGGUGAAAUUUACCCCAGCUGAGCGCCCGGGUAACUCUCUGUGAUAUAAAUAGCGUAUACGGCAACUGGCUCCGCCCGAAAGGGGUAGCUAAGGUUUCAGGUAUGUUGGAGGGUAGUGGAUUUUAAUAUCAAAAGUAUAAAUGAAAGGUUGAGAAAAGGACCCAAAAGGAAGGAUUAAAAUACAAAAUGCAGAGAAAAUAUCUUUUUUUUUGUUUUUUUUUUUCUAUUCAUAGAGUUUAAAAAUAGGAAAAAGGGAGGGACGGUGCAUUUAACGCGGGAUGCAAAGAAAAGCGACUUUUUAAGGGACACCAUUUUAAAUGGAAAGUGCACGAAAAAGGAGACCUUUUCAGUCAAAAAUGGUAUAUAAAUGGGUAAUGGGUUCAUUCCUGGGGCAGUGACUCCCCGUAUAAAACUUUGUUUGGUAUCCCGUGUCGUUGGGCUUGUCAAUGUUGCGUUUGAUGUGCUGAUCUGGAAAACGAAGAGAAACGAAGAAAACUGAUCGAUGAACACGUAAAAUCGUGCUCUUGUAACUAAUUACUGAGAUUUCAAACAUGUCCACCUACUCUCUUCUAACAUUCUGCAGUACAGUAUUCUUCCAAUUUCAUUGCGUAAUAACAGAAAAUCUGGUAAGCUGAUAAGCAAAUUUACCCGUUUUGGAGUAAGUAUUUGAAUGGCCUCACUGCUAAAUCUCCUGGCAUCCAAGCUAACGAGGGACUGUGUCUCGCGGCUUGUACGUGUGCGGAGGUAGGGUGGGGCAGGGAGUCGGGGUGUGGAAUUGGGAGCUGUGGAUGUUACUGACGCUAAGUGUAAAACACAACCUAAAGAAAAACAAAGUUUCAGCUAAAUUUAAAUCUAGGCGUAGACAGAUUCGGCUCGGUAACUGUCUAGCAACUUGUACAGAUUGACACCAUUUCCAUAAUGGAUGGGUAUCCUGUGAUAAUAUUCCAAAUAUGGUAAAAAAAAAAAUACGUACAUUGAAGGCAGCACGCUGCACGCCUCUGCUGCUUGUUUCAGGUUCAAGGAUUAAGGCCGAAUGCUGUUUCACUGGAAGAGCUUAAGAUGUUCUCUUUGUGGAUGCCAAUUUUGCAGCUGCUGACGGCGUUGUGUACUCGAGUGAUACACGAUGAAGUAGUCUCAGGACGUCUCAGUUUUAUUUUCUCAAUAUUUUAGCUGAUUGGAUCUUUUUUUUCUAGAGAUCAAACGAUGACAACCAUCACGUAGGAUCUUCGUCCACCCCUUAUGCAGUUUAUUUCUAAACCGGAAGUGGAAGGUUGUCAUAGUGUGUUCAAUCAGUUAGUUCAGUUUAUUUUCUCUCAUUUUUUAACUAGUGAUAAGCUAGAGCCUUUUUAAAGAUUGUUGUUUACGGUUAUAAAAGGUUCUUGUUUUUUGUUGCCCAUUACGAAACUUUAGAAAUAAACUCCAGACGCUGUAGACGAAGAUCCUGCUGGUUGUCAACGUUGGAUCGCUAGAAAAAAGUUCUAAUCAGCUAAAAUAUAAAGGAAAAAAAAGAAAAACGUCCUAGGGCGGGAUAGUUUCAGGCUGGGAUAGUUUUGAGUGACUGUCCAGGCCUACUACAUAAAUUGUUGAGUCAGCUUCCGGUUUGAAGUGCAUUGCACUUCCUGUUCUGUGUCACGCAAACGUGACAUUCCCGCUCGGUAAUAUACAAGUAUUUGGCACAGGAAGGGAAGACAGUAUGCUGCUGCAUAUCUUUGAUAGGCUUUAAAGAAAUGGUAGGUGUAUAAAUAGGGUUUCUUAGUAUCAUAUUAAGAAAGUUACAAUUCCACGUUGAAUUGCGUGAAUUAUUUUGAGUUCUAAAAAGCUAUGACGUUUCAAUGGGCUUUCGACAGCGACAACUUAAGAAGAGUAUAGAUAUUGCAAGACGCAAAAUGUCACUUGUUAGCUAACGGUUCCCAACAAAAUGCACAGAACAAGGCAUAUAGCUGUUCAAAAACAAAUUGCCUCGGCAAAUGGAAAGAGUUCCAGGCGGAAAAACGCAUGAGUAUCUUGUUAACCGGGAGUAUCGUUGUUUUUGCCCUUGGAAUGUCGUGACAAAAUGGAGUGUUUUGACCUCAAGCGUCGCUUUUGUUUGGCGUUCAAAAAUUUUCCCUGCAGGAUUGCCCAAAAUUUUUAUUGCAUUUAUUUGAGGAAGGCACCUUGCUCUUUCUAUCGGUAGGUAAGUUAUGGCUCAAAGCCGUAUACCAAGUAGUGAUUUUUGUGUCUGAAAUUUGGCAAUCUUAUGUCUGUCAAAAAUCGGUAAAAGCAAAAUUUCACAACGAAACUAUUGGUUAGGUUGUGUUCUUUCUAUUAAGAUUUCCAGAGGCAGAGUUUUUUACUUCUUUAAUUUUUAAACGAUUUUUAAGUAAUAUAUGGUUUUGAGCCCGUGAAAACUGAUCUGAGAGCCUCCGAACCGACUCGGUCGCCGUACGCGUAAAAUAAAGAUCCAAUCGAACUAAAAGUUAUUAUUCUAGAAAUAGUUUACCUAGACCUAUAUUCUGACAAAGUUUGGGGAUUUUCGAUUUUUCAUUUUGCACACCCCCAGGCGAUAUUUACGGACGGCCGCUCUUUAAGUCUUUACUCCAGCAUACUUAGGUUACGAUCGGUACGUACACAUUCUGUGUUCUUGCCUGCGAUGAUCCUCUACAAUACAGAAGCCGGUGGAAUUAAACAGAGGAUCCUUUGCUGUAGAAAAUUUAUAGUCAUCUUUGGUUCGAGCGACCUGUUCAUCGAACAAUUGCUUGCACUUGCAGCUGAGUGUCGGCUCCUUAAGUUUAGCUUCAGGGCAUGACAAGUAUCCUUUCCUUACUAAGUUAAAGAAGAUUCUCCGAGGGAAUAUUAAUCAAUGUUUCUUCGAAAAAGAAUGCUUUUGUUCGAGUUUUUACUCUGACUAUCCUCUGACUAUCCGCCAUUUUGAAACUGGACUUUUUAAAAAGUCCGGGAAAAUCCGGUAGUGCCAGGCCCCCGUGCGGUAUGAAAUUAGGCAAUAGACAAAGUUUCUUGAGGUUGACAUCUGUGCAAAUACCUCGUCAGUGUUCUACUGCAGUUCCCUAAAACCAUUUGACAGCUGUUCCCCAUGUACACUACAGUUCUAGUAUGUGUGGUUUUAUGCUGUCUAGAUUAACAUGAGUCUUUUCACUCUCCACUGUUUUGCUACUAUUUAACUGGUGUUCUUACACAGCAGAGAAUUUUGCGGGCUCAAACAGCUACAUCCCACUCAAUCAUUCUUUUCAUUGGUACAGGGGCUCACUAAUGUCACUCCCAUGACCUUCAAUGCCAACCCCAACUAACACUGUGAAAAGAGUUUGUUCUUGCUAGUUCUUAAUGUUGCCCCUGUUAGCAAUGGUCCAGUAUGGUGACCUUUUAUGUCUUUUUCACUCUUUGCUUGUUUCAGAGGUUACAAUCAAAAGUAUUGAAGCUCGUAGAUGUGUCAUAUGAAGGUGAAAAUGGCUUUAAUCAGGUCAGCCUGUUUUGUAGUAACGUAUACAGCGUCAUAACUCUAAUAUGAACCUUAUCUUCUCGGUCUGCGGUACUGUUAAGUUAAAGACCUCUGUGGUUGAGUUUGGGCCCAAUUAUGCAAAGUGCCAGAGCCAUAAGGCAAUGGGGAAAAAAAUAGGAUUAAUUACUCACAGUACAGCCUAAGAAGGCAAGGUCUGUAAGAUAUUACCUAUCUUUGAGGCUAAUCAGAUGCAUUGAAAAUUAUACUUUCAAAUAAAGAGGGACUUACGUUUGAAUAUGGCCUAUAAAAUUUGUGCACAUUGUGUGAACUGACAGAGUUAUUUAGACUCAGCCAGUUGCUUGUUUAUGGCUUUGACCAACUUAGCCUGUUCCAGGCGUUCAGAUAGUAGAGGGCGGCAGUCAGUGGGGAGCGAGUUAAAUUGUACACUGGGGAAAGAAGGGAGGGGGGGGCUUAGGGGCGAGAGCGAGGGAAUGCCUGUAAAAAUUGUUAACAAAGGGUCCUUCCGGUAUACUGGAUUCCAGUAUACCCUCUUAUUGGUCGAUUAUGACACCUUCUGUUAACACUCGAGCACUGGUAACAUUGAUGAGGAAUGCGAUAUGGGGGGAGAGAGACAUCUGUUAUCGAAUCAUGCAGACAUCGACGCUACUAUAGACAAUGCAAUCGAGCAUUUUCUGUAUGUGGAAUCUUUUCCUGAAGAGCAGAAAACUUGCUUGAAUCUCGUUUGCCGGGGCCAGGACGUUUUCGCAAUUCUUCCAACGGGCUCUAGAAGACCUUCAUUUUUCUACUCUUUCCAUGAAUAAUGAACGUAAUCAAAGGAAAGUUGGCGAGUCAAUUUCCGCGAUCAUCAUCGUUGCGCCUCUCGUAGCCAUAAUGAAACCAAGCUCAAGAGAUUUGGAAUAACAGCAACAACAGCCAUAGGAUGGGGACAGGAGGAAGGCAUGGACGAAGACACAGCAAUGUGGAAGGAAGGUGUGCAUGUGAGAUCUUUUAUGGAAGCCCAGAAAGGCAAAAAAAGUCUUAUUUGAAAGGUUAUUUAGCCACAAUAAAAAGAUCAAUGCUUUAACAGAGGUCAAAGAAAAUCAAUACUUAACUGCAUCUGUAAUCAAAUCCUUUCAGAAACAAACUGCAGGAAAUAAUUGCCCAGUAUGCAUGACUGACCAUCCUAAUGUUAGACUCAGAGCGGCAAAAAUUACAUUUGCUUAGUUAAAAGAAGGAAAACCUCUGAUGUUGUUUAUUGAAAGCUAACUCAAAGGUCACGUUUCACACUAUAACGAGCUUGUGGGUCUCGUCGAGCCUAUCAACACUUUGUUUCACAAUUCAGUCAAACUGUAGUUCAUGUCACAGUUACGCGGUAGGUGGUCAGUUAAGGGCGGAAAAAGCUCUGUAAGGGAAUGUUUACAGGUGUUCCCUCCCCAUUCCCCCCCCCCCCGUCUCCCCUCGUUUUUUUUUUCUUCGUGAAUUUUACUCCCGCGCUCUACUAUCUGAACGCCUGGAACAGGCUAUGACCAACUUGAAAGUCUCUGCACACAUUUUUCUGGCACACUUUUCCUUUCUCUGUUGUUGUUAAGUAUUGUAAUACUAAUGGUUAGUAGAGUAGAAAAUACAAACUCUAAGUAAUUCGUGCAAGGCAAUAAAAAACUGAAAUGUCUUAAUCUCUGGAUAAUGUACAUUUGAUUUGAAGGUACUCAAUGUUUUUCUCUAUUCCAGGCAAUUGAACUUGCUUCAGAGGUUCUUCCAAAUGUCAAUUUUAUUCAAGAAACGAAAGUUAUAGGUGACAUAUUCAUGUCUGUUAAUUUCUUUUAUCCAACUCUUCAGCAUUCCCAUGCUCUGAAAGUACGGUGUAACUGGGCCCUUGGAAAUUGCUAAGUAAAAACCGAAAUAACAAUACUUUGCAGGGUGCAAAGAAAGGGAUUUUCACACCUUGCCAUUAGGACAAGCUGUAGUUACCAUGUACUAGCCCAAAAGUCGUUUGAGCUAGCACAAAAGCCAAUUUUUACUGAGCAGGUUAGAUUACAGUUCUUUUGUGAUUUGAAUUCCCUGUAAAAACAUCAUUUGCCCAUCAAGCAACUUAAGAACGGAACACACUAGCUUGAUAGCAAAAUCCAGUAGCCCCGGGCUAUUGGACAAUACUUUCUUUGCACACUGCUUUGUAAUUGUGUACAAGCAUUGUGCAGUUUUUGUAUUCUGUGGUCAAGUUAUAAAACUUUUUCAAUUAUUGUAAUUUUCAGUGUAGUUAUUGUUUUCAGACCCUAAAAAAAUGGCUACACUUGUAGAUUCGUUUGUGGAAUACACUUGUAAAAGUUUUAUUAAAUUGAUCCCUGCGUGUUUUGUUCAAUCCAAAAAUAUUAUUUAGAGUGGGUGUGGUCAUGACUUGCAUACAUUUGAAAGUGGGAAAUUUCAAAAUUGGUCUGAGUCAAAUUAAGGCAAUUAAGUUUUUAGUGAGUUUGUAGUGAUACUUGUUGAACUCUCUUGUGGUGUUUCUUAGUCCUUCUUAUUUUUGCGUAGGGAGAUACUUUGAUGAAAUCUCUCAAGAUACUGGAAAAUUCUGUUUUGGUGUGGAAGAUACCUUGAAGGUUUGUUGAAAUACCCUGAUUUCUUUCUCACAUGUUUCCGUUACAUAAUUAUGAAAUUAUUAAAUUAAAAUUCUGAGCAAUUCGGCUCCAAUGAAUCUUGUUUAUUGAAAAUUCAAGUGAAUUAAGCUGAAUCUUUUUAACACGUAUUGUGUCCUUUGUUUUACCCGAAAAGUAGCAUUUUCUUGAAUAAGGUUUACACUGUCAUUCAUUAGUUUAUCUGUACAAGCUCCGGAUAUGAGCAAAUAAUUUUGCAAAUGUAAGUAAAGAUAAUUAUUUAUUUACAUAAGUCAAACAUGACAAGACUGCAUGGCUGGGCCAGCACGACACUUUGCAAUGGCUUUCUCGUUUCUCAUUACAAAAACAACACACGAAAUCAAAAUCUCUUUUGUCAUGGCGCUUUUUUCUCCUUACUCCACCUAAGUAGACGUGAAGUGGUAUAUUUUACUAUUAAUAAUAAUAAGUAAUAGAAACACAAACUGAUUGGUCCGAUCGUGAAGAUGUAAUAGCUCAGUAAUUUUAAGGACAUAAUGUUCAACCUUUUUUGGUAAUGUCCGACUAAGAUGGUGUCUUAGUAGGACGUAUGUCCUUUCAAGCGAAAAAAAAAUAUUUGCAGCCCUAGGUUUGUGUGAGGAAUAUUGUUUGCAAUAAUUGGUCUCUAUAGAUGAGAUUGAUUGUUUAUUUUGGGUACACGUAUGUGCCUCAUGCACGACAAAGUAAGUUACGGGUCAUCAUUACUGCAAGGACAAAACGACUGAGAGCCAAAAAGCCCUCAACAAACACCCUUAGAGUUGUGUUUUGAAUAUUUACCAAAUCAUGUACUUGAACCUUUGGCAUAGCAUCUUUUAACAAGGAGGAAUAUUAAAAGAACUAGGGCAUUUUUUCCAAGUACAUGUGGAAAGGCAUUGUUUUCGUCAGUUUCCUUACUCAAAAGGGAAUAUUUUGUGAAGGGUAUUUUGCGUCAAUGUUAAAGAUUCAAGGAUUGAAAGAAAUCAUUUGAGCAGUUCCAAGAGAAUAAAACGACAUGUUAAUUCUCUCUUUUGUUAAGUUAAAGAGAAAAGCACUGAAAGAGUGCUAAAUUUUACAAUUUUUGCAGUAAUGAUUUGGAAAUGACAUGUUUUAUUUUUAGGGAUUAGAAAUGAGAGCAGUGGACAUACUUAUUGUGUGGGAGAAUGUUGAAAUCAGUCGACUUGUUCUGAAAAAUCACCAAACAGAUGGUAGGUGAAUGCUCAAAACCAUUAUUUUUACAUUUUUAGAUACACCUAAUUUCAAUAACGUUGUCCUGAAAAAAUAGUACAGGAUAACGCUAAAUAGGAAUCAAUGAGGCUAAUCAAGCCACAUUCUCAGAGUGGAUUCAUUUGCAGCCGUUGCAUUUCCCCGCUGGAUUUUUUAAAAUUGUUUUUCAGCUUUAAAACAAUAGCAAGUUCCAACAGGCAAAUACAACGUCCACGUGCGGAUGCUGCAAAUAAAUUCACAAGGCUUAUUAGCCUUGUUAAUUCCUAUUCGCCAUUUGCACGUCUCUCAUAAUACACCUUGUCUGCCCCCCAAAAUUUUGCACAACCUUUGUUUUUCAUGUCUCCUGGGUAUUACAGCCGUUCCAAGAGAAGUUUAAAGAUAGAUAAUUUAAAGAUAGUUGCGAGAGACAUUUUCUCAGUUCUUGUACAUUGUUUGCGUUCCUUUCCAUCUCAAUUCAUGAUGUCCCAACAGUUAAACCUUAACCUAUUCAUCCCAGAGUGUAGCGGAAAACACCAUUCUCAAGUAGUGUAGGAGCAGUUGAAGUGUGAGUGUUUAAGUAGUAGCAUCUAAAAAUGUGAAAUUAACUUUUCUCCUCAGAGGAAAAGAUCCUUCAUCUUAAUUCCAAACAAGAGAAAGACAAGACUUACUCUAUUGACAAUGAGGUUUGUAAUCAAUAAUUUAUUGACGUUAUGUUUUACUUUUGAAGCCCAUUUGUAGUUUCUGCUGACCGUUUUCUUUGCCUGUGUAGACUGGAGUUGAAUUGGAACUUGUUGAGAAGAUGCCCCUACUGGAGUGGCUUGCAAACAAUUAUAAAACCUUUGGUAAGUGUUAAAAUUUAGAUAUCCAGUCACCACUUGGUUGAGUCAAAACAGACUUAUAUAAAACACCUUGUUUUGUACUCCCCAGAACCAGGGGUUUCGUUUCAGGCCGGACUCUGGACGCAACGUCCGGUUGUUUGACAGGUAGCGUCUGGUAGCUCACACACGAAAUUAUAGGUCACUGAUAUAGCUUCAGUAAACUGAUUAUUCUGAUGAGUCGAUGCAACAACUGGAAUAGACAAUGGACACUGUUUCCGAUUGGAAUUUAUUUUGGAAUCAACUAAAAAACGAAAAACUGCAAACUGAUAAUUUUAGUUGGCAAAUCAAAUAUUUCAUUUUUUGUGAGUAUUAUUUUUUCUUAAUGCCUCAAGUUGGAUAGCGCUAUCCAUCGGUCAACGGAUAAGUGUUAGGGAAACCAAUUGCGCUAUAGUGUCAUCCACCUUUUGAACAACUGGGGCCUGGUCCAUGGAACACAGGAAAUUGCAUUUUGGAGAGUCCAAUUUUAGAAAUUUCUUGGGGGGAAAUUUUGUUUUUCCCCCGGACCUCCCUAGGAGUUCGUGCCUCCGGCACUCAAGGUUUGUACGGGCGGCACGAACGUUGCAAGUCCGCCAGCUAAACCUCUGCAUCGGGAACUUCCAAAUGCUACUGAAAAACAUGCUACAACCCUUGGUCGUGAGACUGAAGUCUUAUAAAUGUCAACGAUUAUUACACUGUUUUUAGGUGCAACGCUUGAAAUUAUAACAGACAAAUCCCAAGAAGGAGCACAGUUCUGCAAAGGUUUUGGAGGAGUAGGAGGUAACUAGCAAUUCUCUUACCGUGUAAACAGUUUUUAGAAAUUUUGAUCACUUCUUUGGAAGACCCUUUAAAGAGGCUUCAACGAGUUAAAGCAGUAGACAUGAAUGCCUGCUUGUACUGCAGGCCCAGCACAACUAUGCGCUGUACAGUGCGCCGAUAAUUUGACACUGAAGCAUGUUAUUCAGAGAUUAAAACGGUUUAUAUUUCCUUAAAUACAGUGGGCAAUAAAAAUUGGGCUGUAUUAACGAGGGUUUUUUUUACAAGAAAGUGUAUGGCCGUUUUGCCGGGCGGCCCCCAAAAAUUGGCGGUAAUAACGAUGUGACCGUAUCACCGAGGUGGCCGUAAGGCGGGGUUCCACUGUACGUUUCUUUUCUGGACGAUCUUAAUAAAGAAAUUCGUGCCAACAGUGUCUCAUUAAUUUCUGGGCGCAAUUUCCAAGGAUUAAUCUGUUGGACCUGAAUAAAGUCAACUAUUUACUUAUUUUAUUUGGCCUUUCUGGCAAACGUUCGUUUGCGAUCACGAAGGAGGCAUUUUUCUUUUUCAUUUUUUGGGAGAAAAGGAAACCUUUCCCACUCCGCCCCCUCUGUACCAAUAACAGCUGAAAGUGUUUCGUUCAUAUACAAACACACGCUACACACUUCAUCUGUAAGUAUGUAUCACUUAAGUUUCGCUUACUAAGGCAUUUUCUUUUUUGUGCUGUUAUUGCAGGUAUUUUGAGGUAUCGAGUAGAUUUCCAGUCCAUGGAACUUGACGAGUAGGAUAACGAUUUUAACGACAGUGGCGAUGAUUACUAACCCAGCGCCGAGUUGCAGGGGACAUUUCACUGCUGCCUGCCUGUACAUAGGAGAACAGCCAAAGGAAGCUGUGUGGCCCUUGUCAUUCACAAAAACCAAUGGCUCUUCUGUUUUAACAUCUCGAUUUAACACACAUACUAACUGUAACUUUAAAAUGCAAUUUUUAAAAAAACGAUCGGGCGUGUUGUGUUUUUAAUUCGCCCAGAUUACAAGCAGGACCAAAGAACAGAAGCAAGAUUGUACUUCGCCGGCCAAGGAGCGGUUUAUUUUCUACGGUGGCUUUGUUAGGAGUAAUGAGCAGAAAUGUGAACUGAGUUUGAAUUCUCAGAACCGAUUUCGAAAAACCGAAGGUUCUCGUUCAACUCACUUAUCAAUCAACAAGUGGAUGGAGGGAUGAGGUUCUAAAGAAACUGGGGAGUAACCACAGUAUACUCUCCCACUCUAACCUGAUCGGCGUUCCUAUGGCUUUUCCUUUAACAUUUGCAGGGGUUUCCAUAAAAAUUGAAGUAGCCAGGAGGUUUGAAUAUUAUCCCAUUUCACAACACUCAAUUACUCGCGCUCAUUGUUAUUAAGAUAUGGGAAAAUUGAUCGAGCACCCUUGAGGAGGUGGAAACUGUAAUCGAUUCCCUAUCCAAACACGAAUUUUCAGCAAAGAAAGAGUUGGGGAGGGUGGGCCGUUCCACCUUCCUCCUUGGCGCUGAUCAGAGACUGAGCGGAGAGGGAGUGUUCAACGGGAUUUAUUAUUGCCCCUUGGGAUUCAGGGCCCCGUGCACCUGCAUACCCUUGUGCAUAAGACUUGUUAUUUUAAUGUUUUGGCUUCGCGCUUCGAUUUUGAGUAUUGUGAAUAGCAAAGAAG